AUGCCAUGUCAGAACGGCAUGAGCCGCAUUACUGGCCAAGGAGGUCGAUGCCAUGAACGGUGCUUGCUGAAAACCAGCUAUAUAUAUACCUGCAGCUGCUCCAGUGAUGAUGCGUAUCUAUAUUUACAACAGCCAGCUCCUCCGUCUACUCAUCUCCUCGCAAUGCCUUCUUUGCAAAAUCUCGCUAUUGCUCUUGUGGCGUCGUCGGCCAUCGGCCUUGCCCAAGCCAAAGCCUGUCCGCCACUUGGGCGUGUUCUCCCUGCACCGCGAGCCCCCAGUCAGAACAAUGUCGUGCAAGAAGCUAUCGGCAAACUCAAAGCCAGUCUCAAUGCAACAUUGUCACAGAGUAUAGUUACUAGCGGCAUCUCGGUCGCGGUCAAGUCGACGCACGAGGACAAGCUACUGUUCAACUAUCACUAUACCCCGCCUGUCCUUUCCGGUAUUGGUACCUCUGCGAUCGACGAGCAUACAAUUUAUCGUGUCGGAAGUGUAUCGAAGAUGAUGCCUGCAUUGUCUGCACUGCAAAGUAGCGAGAUCGACAUGCAUGCGUCCGUGCUGAAAUAUCUUCCUGAUCUGGCCAACAAUUCGGACUCUCGCCAUUCGAUUCACAGAAUUCCAUGGGAAGACAUCAGUGUUGCAGAUCUUGCGACACAUUUGUCUGGCUUGCCCCGAGACAUGGCAUUCGACCUAGCGCUUCUUCCCACCGGGCCAUGGACCAAGAUGGGUCUUCCAGACGUUCGUAACGGCACCGGACCGGCGUGCUCUGGGCUUCCAGGCACCAAGAAAUGCACUUCGAACGAUUUAAUUGAUACCAUCAACCGCAAGCCACUGGUAGAACUUCCUGGUGCUACACCACUCUACUCUAAUCUUGCCUACGCGCUGCUCGCCGUGGUCGUGGAAGCUGCUACUGGGAAGAAAUUCGACGAAGUGGCCAAGUCUGGUAUUUUUGACGUGGCCAAUAUGACAAGCACGUCUUUUAAUGGCCCAGUCGGCACUUUCUCCAAGACUGGCUUCGUGCCAAAGGGCGAGUCCACUUGGAACGUCACUUUGGGGAUUUUCGAAGCUGUCGGGGGUCUGUUUUCCAACACCCUGGAUAUGAUCUCGUUUACCGAGUCUAUUGUCACAAACAAGUUUCUUUCACCAAAAGAAACUAGAGAGUGGAUGAAGCCCGCUAGCCACACUUCAUCUAUGGGAAUGUCCGUCGGGGCCCCGUGGGAGAUUCUACGCAGCAACACCCUGACCGAAGACAAGCGCCUGAUUGAAGUUUAUACCAAAAGCGGAGAUUUUGGCUUAUACCACGCCCUGAUUGGGGCCAUCACCGACUAUGAUAUUGUGAUGACUGUUCUUUCGGGUGGCGAAGAAGUCAGCUUGGACCCCGACACGCGCUCCAAGAUCUUCAGCACAGUUGCCCGAGCUCUGGUUCCGGCUAUCGACAAAGCUGCCAGAGAUGAGGCCUCUAACCCGGAUGGUUACACUGGAACCUAUUUCGACAAAUCAACAAACUCUACCCUUGAACUUGCAAUGGACGAGGGCGCUGGAGUCGUCAUCAAGAAGUUUGUUGUUCGUGGAUUCGAUGCGCUAUCCAACAUGCCCAGCUACAGCCUCAGCGCCGCAGGGGCCAGCCCCAAGAACAUCACCGUAAAUGGCCGCAUGUACCCAGUCGACAUCAAUGGCGAAGCACCAGUUAUGCGAAACCAUGCCAGAAGCAUACCUCAGGAUCGUUGCAGCACAUUGACCAUGUGGAGGGCCUAUUUCGAUACCACAACUGACAAGGAAGCCGCUGCCAAAGAUGAAGCGCUAUUUUACGCGGAUGGAAACUGCGAAACUUGGUUCAAUUUCGAUCAGACGUCUUACGACUACCUCAGCCUGGGCGAGUUUGUUUUUGUACAUGAUAAGCGCGGUGGUGUGAAGGCUGUUAAGAGCCCAGCGUUUGAUGUGACUUUUGGAAAGAUUAAUUAG